AUGGUUAUCGAGAAGAUAUGUUGCUUGGGAGCAGGCUACGUCGGCGGCCCGACUUGCAGUGUGAUCGCGAUGAAAUGUCCGAAUAUCCAGGUGACAGUGUGUGACAAGUCAGUAGAAAGGAUAAACCAGUGGAAUUCUGAGAAAUUGCCAAUAUACGAGCCUGGUUUGGACGAUGUAGUGAGGCAGUGUCGUGGCAAGAAUCUGUUUUUUUCUACUGACAUCGCAAAGGGCAUACGGGAGGCGGAUUUAAUAUUUAUUUCUGUCAACACGCCCACUAAAACGUUUGGUAACGGUAAGGGCAGGGCCGCUGACCUUAAGUAUGUAGAGAGUGCGGCUCGAAUGAUUGCUGACCUGGCUACAAGCAACAAAAUUGUUGUAGAGAAGAGCACUGUCCCUGUGAAGGCCGCUGAAAUCAUUAUGAAAAUACUGCGAGCUAACACUAAACCAGGUGUGGAGUAUCAGAUCCUGUCUAACCCUGAGUUCUUGGCUGAAGGAACAGCUAUAGUGGACCUGGUAGAGGCUGAGAGAGUGCUAAUAGGAGGUGAAGACACUCCGGAAGGCCAGAAAGCUAUCCAAGAGUUGUGCUGGGUGUAUGAGCACUGGAUUCCAGCGAAAAACAUCCUUACUACUAACACUUGGAGUUCAGAAUUAUCUAAACUAGCUGCAAAUGCAUUCCUUGCGCAGCGGAUCUCAAGUAUUAACUCUUUGUCAGCGGUCUGUGAAGCUACAGGUGCAGAUGUGUCUGAGGUAGCGAGGGCAGUUGGCCGAGACUCUCGUAUUGGGCCAAAGUUUCUUGAAGCAUCAAUUGGUUUUGGAGGCAGCUGCUUCCAAAAGGACAUUCUGAACCUAAUCUACCUGUGUGAAUGUUUAAAUUUGCCUGAAGUAGCCGCAUAUUGGCAACAAGUAUUGAGCUUGAAUGACUAUCAGAAGACUAGGUUCACUAGGAAAGUCAUUGAAUCAUUGUUCAACACGGUAUCUGACAAAAAUAUAGCGAUACUGGGCUUUUCAUUUAAGAAGAACACAGGAGACACACGGGAGUCUCCAGCUAUUCAUGUUUCAAAGACUUUACUUGAUGAGGGAGCGAAACUCCAUAUCUACGACCCUAAAGUGGAGCCUGAUCAAAUAUUCUAUGAGCUGACAAGUCCGUAUUUAACUUCGGAGCCGGAGAUUGUGAAGAAAAAUGUAGAGAUUCAUGACACAGCAUACUCCGCUGUAACGGGUGCACAUGCCAUAGUUUUGUGUACGGAAUGGGAUGAAUUCAAAGUUUUAGACUUUAAGAAAAUCUACGAAGUGAUGAUGAAGCCUGCAUACAUAUUUGAUGGACGGAAGAUUUUGAACCAUGAGGCGUUGCAGAAUAUUGGGUUCCAUGUUCAGACUAUUGGCAAGAGGCUGAGCCGAGUGGGCAGCAUACGAGCACAAGGAAGUCAGACCAUGCCUUGA